GAUAGCUCGACCACCGUCCUUCCACCAGGGACAAAAUCGUAAUUUCGAAAACCUAACCACAAACCAGAGUCCCAAGCCACACAAAAGCUAGGCGUCCCCCUUCGAACCUUCUUCACUCUUGUGCGUCGGUUUUGCUGCUUCUUUUUCUGCUUUUUCACCGUUAAGACCAGUGGUGGCGGUGGCCAUGGGCGGUGGAGCGGGGCUGUCGGUGGCGUUGGCGGAGGAACAGUACGUGAGGGCGAAGACGUCGGUGUGGUGGGAUAUAGAGAACUGCCAGGUGCCGAGGGGGUGCGAGCCGCACGCGAUCGCGCAGAACAUAAGCUCCGCGCUGGUUAAGAUGAACUACUGUGGGCCCGUCUCCAUCUCCGCCUACGGCGACACCACCAGGAUCCACCACUCCGUACAGCAAGCCCUCUCCAGCACCGGCAUCGCCUUGAACCACGUUCCCGCCGGAGUUAAAGAUGCAAGUGACAAGAAGAUUCUCGUGGAUAUGCUGUUUUGGGCAGUGGACAAUCCUGCACCUGCUAAUUAUUUGUUGAUUUCUGGAGAUCGAGACUUCUCUAAUGCUCUUCAUCAGUUGCGCAUGAGGAGAUACAACAUUCUUCUAGCCCAACCCCAGAAAGCAUCCAUACCCCUCCUUGCUGCUGCAAAGAGCGUGUGGCUUUGGACAAUUCUUUCUGAUGGUGGGCCACCAUUGUCAAAUGGAAAUUCAGAACAACUUGGUAAUACAUCCAAUUCUAACACGUUACAGACUCCGAUCUCUGAUUCGAUCCAAUCAAACCAACAUGUGGAUUCCUUUUCUGAAAACUACCAUUUGGGCAAUCAGAAAUUGCAGAGUGUGGGGAGGGGAACUGAUAUUAGACAUAGAUCAAAACAAACCCGGAGAAAUUCUAGUCAAGCAAACAUAUCGAGACCAUCAAGUGCAUCCAUUGGGAUUCAAGAAGAUCAAAACGGUUCUAAUUCUCGUCAGACUGGAUAUGCACAUGCGAAGCAAUUUAAAGACGUACCUGAAUUAUCUAGUGUUUAUAAUUGCAAUGUCCCCAUAAGUGGGCCUGUGCCAAAUUUUGUUCCUGGUAAUAUUGAUCCUUCAAGGAGCAGUGGCAGUGACAUCCAGAGCAAUUACCAAAAUCAUUAUACACAACCAUUGAGGCCGAGCAACUUUCCUGUGCGACCUGCAUUUGCACCGGCUAAUUUGUUUCCACCAAAUCCUCAUGCCCAUGCCUCUCGCCCAAUGCCUCCUAGGCCUGAUGGGCCUGGCUUUACUUCUGUUCCUUUUACAAAUGUGCCCAAUAUUGGUAAACUAAGCAUUUCUCAACACCCCAGCAAUGUUCACAGCCCCCACCCUCCUAUUUUUCAACAACAAAAUGGAGGGGAAUCGAAACAAAGAUCUAUGAUUGAUUCUACAAAUAUUUCAAGCUCAAGUGGUUCACAAAGAGGACAUAAUUUGCAUGAUUUUUCAUCAAUUUACCAUGACAAAUUGGGCAAUGGGUGUCCUCAUGGUCCAGAAUUUCCGCCAUCAUCCUUGUCAGCUUUGGGAACCACUAAUAUUCCUGGUAGUGGCGUAUGGGGAACUCCAGGAUGCCCUAAACCUUCAAGCUAUGUCCAAGGCCUCAUAGGGGUCAUUUUACUUACCUUGAACAAACUGAGAAAUGAAAAGAUUAUGCCAACUGAAGCAAAUAUAGCUGACUGCAUCCAUUUUGGAGAUUUAAACCACCGCAACACUGAUGUUAGGAAAGCCCUGGAGAGUGCAAUUGAGCAGCAAAUGGUAGUGAAACAAAAUCUAGGUGCUGUGCAGUUGUACAUUGGGAAGAAUGAGAAGUUAUGGAAGUGUGUGAACCCAAUAGGUGGUAAUCCUAAACAGUACAAGACGGCAAUAUGGGAUGGAAUCCAAAACUUUUUGUCAUCCCCUGGUGGACGGUCUGCCAUAAUGGCUUCUCAGUGCAGGUAUGAAGCAGGUAUUAUAUUAAAGAAUGCAUGCUUGAAGGAGCUUGCUUUGGGUGAUGUUCUUCAGAUUUUGAACAUGGUAAUUGGCCUUAAAAAAUGGAUUAUGCAUCAUCCGUUGGGAUGGCAACCAAUUAAGAUUACUCUUGCUGAGUCCAACUCUGAUUCUGAAACAAUAGACAGUACAUAAGAUAAGAACCAUUAUGGUAAGGAAGGGAGACAAUGGGUUAAUGGUGGAAAAGAAAACACAAUGAUGGUGAUGAGAAAGAGGAUAAUAGGCCUUUUUUACCUAGAAUUUGUGGUUGGAGUAGAUAGGGACGGUGAAAGUUGAACUGGAGUGGUACUAUUGAGUUUAUAAGAGCCUAUAUUCUCCUUCUAUUUUAAAUGCUGAUGGAGCUUUUAUUUAUCCUAAUUUUUUUUUAAAAAAAGAAAGAAAUGCUUGGAUGCGGUUCAGACAUUGUAGAACACGUGUCUGAGGCUGUGGAGUUGAUGCUCUUAUUUACUAGUAGGUUGCUUAGGUUUAUGAGAUUCUGUUGCUCAUCCUCGUAGACUUUGCAGGGAGUUUCUUAAUUAGAUGUGACCCAAUGAAUAUGAUUUUAAUCACGAAAACAUGUAGGAAACCAGUGCAGGGGAGGAUUAAGAGUUCUUUUAAUCCUUGAGAAAAUUGCCGUACAGUGGACUAGUAAAUUGUUGCGAAUCUAUUUUGAAAGAUUAUUUCAUAUUCAUUUACUGCCAGUCAUUCACAAAGCUGUUAUUGAAAGUGGAUCUAUGUUUAUGAGAUGAAUUUCCUUGAGGAAGUGGUUGAUUUGGGUCUCCUUAUUAAAAGAACGAAAGGAAUUGGUUUUAAUCUUUCUUCAAAGAUGGGGCACGAAGCUUAUUUACUGGAUGGAGAAGUGUUAAGUCUCAACUUGAGUUAUACAGCAGACAGCAAGUAGAUUUCGUUUUUCUGAUUAUGGUAAGCAUUGGAACUCAAAAUCAUCUUUCAACACUGGCUGAUCUCCCAAUGAGAUAAUUAUUACAUCAGUGAGGCAGUAGCUGUGACUGAAAGGAAUUGACACAAAAUGCCAAUGCAUAAUGCAAAUGUUUUGAUGCUACUGGAUGCUGAAACAGUUCAAGCUAACGGGUAAUGUUUUGUUCUGAAGAUGGUAAUGUUCGUGCGACUUACUUUCCCCUCUUUCUUCUUCUUCUUCGUCUUCUUCUUUAAUGUUUAUGUAAAAAAAUUACUAGUUUUGUAAUGAAAAUGGUAAUGCUUUUACAACUUCCUCUAUCUCAUUCUUUAAUGAGUCUUUAUGUAAAGAAAACUUUUACUUGCGAUAUGUUAAAUAGACUGUUACUUUUGUUCUGUAUGGCAAUGAAAGUGUAGUUUGGAUC